AUGGAGAUCAGGAAUUGGAUAUUCGCUUUGAUUCUGUGUCACGCCGCUCUUGUAUUGACGAGUUGCGCUGUGGAGCUGGCCAGGAGUCCGCCCACCGAGAGGAUUUCAGGUAGUGCUGGGGAUGUUUUGGAGGAUGAUCCAGUUGGAAGGUUGAAAGUGUUUGUUUAUGAACUUCCCAGCAAAUACAACAAGAAGAUUCUGCAGAAAGAUCAAAGAUGCCUUAAUCACAUGUUUGCAGCUGAGAUUUAUAUGCACCGUUUUCUUCUGUCUAGCCCAGUUCGAACCCUCAAUCCUGCAGAAGCUGAUUGGUUUUAUACCCCUGUGUACACCACCUGUGACUUGACACCCAAUGGCCUUCCUUUGCCUUUUAAGUCACCAAGAAUGAUGAGAAGUGCAAUACAGCUAAUUUCUUCCAACUGGCCUUAUUGGAAUAGAACUGAAGGAGCUGAUCACUUUUUUGUUGUGCCCCAUGACUUUGGAGCAUGCUUCCACUAUCAAGAAGAGAAGGCAAUUGAAAGAGGAAUUCUCACGAUGCUUCGACGAGCUACCUUGGUGCAGACAUUUGGCCAGCGGAAUCAUGUUUGCUUAAAAGAGGGAUCUAUCACUGUUCCACCAUACGCUCCUCCCCAAAAGAUGCAAUCCCAUCUCAUCCCAGAGAGAACUCCUAGAGCUAUCUUUGUGUACUUCAGGGGGUUGUUUUAUGAUGUGGGAAACGACCCAGAAGGUGGCUACUAUGCAAGAGGUGCGCGUGCAGCAGUGUGGGAGAACUUCAAAGACAAUCCACUGUUCGACAUAUCCACAGAACACCCUACCACGUACUAUGAAGACAUGCAACGAGCGGUCUUCUGUCUAUGUCCACUUGGGUGGGCGCCAUGGAGCCCGAGGUUGGUUGAAGCGGUGGUCUUUGGUUGUAUCCCAGUGAUCAUAGCUGAUGACAUCGUCCUUCCUUUCGCCGAUGCAAUCCCAUGGGAAGAGAUCGGAGUGUUUGUUGAUGAGAAAGAUGUUCCGAACUUGGACACCAUCCUCACUUCGAUCCCACCGGAGGUGAUACUCAGGAAACAGAGACUGCUUGCGAACCCUUCGAUGAAGCAGGCAAUGUUGUUCCCUCAACCAGCACAACCGGGAGAUGCGUUCCAUCAGGUCCUGAAUGGACUGGCACGAAAACUGCCGCAUGACAAGAGCGUCUACUUGGCCCCCGGAGAGAAGGUUUUGAACUGGACUGCGGGUCCUCUUGGUGAUCUUAAACCUUGGUAG